GAAAGACGAGGUCGAAAGGUAAAAGAGUGAGUUGAACUGAACACCAAAACAAAACAAAACAAAACAAAGCAAAGAUGAUAUCUCAGUUCUUCGUGCUUUCACAGAGAGGCGACAACAUCGUCUUCCGCGACUAUCGCGGCGAAGUACAAAAAGGAAGUGCUGAGACAUUUUUCCGAAAAGUCAAAUUCUGGAAAGAAGAUGCUGAAGGAGAUGCUCCACCUGUUUUUAAUGUAGAUGGUGUGAACUACUUCCACGUGAAGGUUGCUGGAUUGCUGUUUGUUGCUACAACUAGAGUCAAUGUCUCCCCUUCUCUUGUUUUGGAACUUUUACAAAGAAUUGCACGUGUCAUCAAGGAUUACCUUGGUGUUCUUAAUGAAGAUUCAUUUCGAAAGAACUUUGUGCUCGUGUAUGAAUUGCUGGAUGAAGUGAUUGAUUUUGGUUAUGUGCAAACAACCUCCACUGAGCUUUUGAAGUCAUAUGUUUUCAAUGAACCAAUCAUGAUUGAUGCUGCACGGAUGCCUCCCCUUGGUCCUGCUUCCAUUUUCAUGCAAGGGACCAAACGAAUGCCAGGCACAGCUAUUACAAAAUCUGUUGUUGCUAAUGAACCUGGUGGUAGGAAGAGGGAGGAGAUCUUCGUUGAUGUAAUUGAGAAAAUAAGUGUUACAUUCAACUCUAGUGGAUUUAUACUUACUAGUGAGAUAGAUGGCACCAUUCAAAUGAAGAGUUAUCUUACUGGUAACCCAGAGAUUCGACUUGCUCUUAAUGAGGACCUGAGUAUUGGAACAAGUGGUAGGUCAAUCUAUGAUUAUAGAGGUUCAGGUGCUGUGAUUUUAGAUGAUUGUAACUUCCAUGAGUCUGUACACCUUGAUAGUUUUGACGUUGACCGAACUUUGUCAUUGGUACCACCAGAUGGUGAAUUUCCCGUCAUGAAUUACCGUAUGACUCAACCAUUUAAGCCACCCUUUCGUAUUAAUGCAUUGAUUGAAGAAACAGGAUCCCUCAAGGCUGAAGUGACCAUUAAAGUGCGAGCUGAAUUCAACUCAAGCAUCAAUGCUAACUCCGUUGUGUUACAGAUGCCACUGCCAACAUUUACAGCUCGUGUUAAUUUUGAGUUGGAACCUGGAGCAGUUGGACACACAACUGAUUUUAAGGAAGCAAAUAAAAGAUUGGAAUGGGGCCUAAAAAAGGUUGUUGGUGGAUCUGAACAUACUUUACGAGCAAAGCUGACAUUUUCACAGGAGUUACAUGGAAAUAUCAUGAAAGAAGCAGGGCCUCUUAGCAUGACUUUCACUAUACCUAUGUACAAUGCUUCAAGGCUUCAGGUGAAGUACUUGCAAAUAGCAAAGACGUCAAAAACACACAAUCCAUAUCGAUGGGUUAGAUAUGUAACCCAAGCAAACUCAUACGUUGCUCGGUUGUAAUUCCAAUUUCUGCAAGUCCAAAUUCAAAAGAUACUUGUUUUUCCAACUCAUUUAUGUUCAUGUAUUGCUGAAUUAUUCGAGGAAAAUUACAUGUACUGUUUUUAGUCAAAUGAUUUGUAAUUAAAUUUGGGGUCUGGCAGCAUAUCAGGUGAAAAGAUGGCAGGCCCUUGACCGCUAAAAUAGAAGAUGAUUAUCACUAGAUAAUGAAUUGGCUAAGUGGAAAGGUGAUAGGAGUUCUUAAAAUUAGUGAUUUUUAAUGAAAA